AUAAAUUGGAUUUAUUUUUCAGCUCCAGAAACAUGGCUGACACAAUAAAUGUGACUUCAUCUUCCAACCAGACCUGCGAUGCUGUUAACACUUCAGCCUAUCCUUUCUUUAUGCUGGUCUACAGUCUAGUGUUCCUGGUGGGGUUAAUCCUCAAUGGCUUCAUCAUGAAGUUUCACUUUUGUGGAGCACAGCAGCGGGCAUCGAGCAGCUUGAAGAUCUACCUGAAAAACCUGACAGCUGCUGACUUCCUGCUCUGCCUCUUUCUGCCACUCCGCAUCACCCACUAUGCCAGCAGCUCUGUCAUCAUUCGGCAGCUCUACUGUAGUUUUGGAGCUUGUGCCAUCUUCCUCAACAUGUACGCCAGCAUCAUAUUCAUGGGCUACAUCGCUGCCAACAGGUAUCUAAAGAUCAUCCAGCCUUCAGGAACUCACAUCCUGCAGACAGCAAAAACUGCCCACAUCAUUUCCAUCAUUACCUGGGUCUUUCUCCUGGUUCCGACUGUGACAUACACCAUCCUGUUUUUCAUCACCCAGACCCCUGUGACCUCUAACCCCAGCUGCUGUGAUCCCUUCUUUAGUGAAUCAAUCAAGCUGUUCUUCACAAUCAUCCACACUUUGUCUCCCAUUAUCUUCUUGUUGGUCUCCAUAUCCCUGGUCUUCUUCUACUACAGCACCUCCCGCAGGGUGUUGCAGGCACAGCAGAGGCAGCUGGCCUCCUCUGGCUCCGAGAAGCUUGUGAAGUCUCGCAGGAACAUGUUGGUGCUGGUCAGCAUCUUCUGUGUUUGCUUUGUCCCCUAUCACCUGGCUCGUCUUCCCUAUAGUCUUCUGCGGAGCAAUGACUCUGUAGGCUCAGUCUUGAACUAUGUAAUGGAGGUGACCACCAUGGUGGCAGUUUUCAAUGUCUGCCUGGACCCUGUUGUUUACUUUUUCCUCUGUAAGUCUUUCCGGGCAAAGGAGAAAGGUGCCAUUGUGACCAAAAUCCAACAAGCAACUGAAGAGAGUGAGCUCAGCAAGAGCACUGGACAUUAA